GACGGUGAAACAUGACGAAGAAGACGCCAACAUGGAGGCGCUGAUACAGUAAAAUCACAACAGUGAAGUGAAUUAAACUCACUGAGGUGAACAAACCCACAGUUCGGAGAGAAAACGCGUUAACCUCCGUGUGCAUGAUGCAUGAAUGUGAGCUCGUCUGUGCUGGCAGGCUGGACCCUCGACCGGCCUGUUUAUAGUGUGUGUGUGUGUGUGUGUGUGUGUGUGUGUGUGUGUGUGUGUGUGUGUGUGUGUGUGUGUGUGUGUGUGUGUGUGUGUGUGUGUGUGUGUGUGUGUGUGUGUGUGUGUGGCAGAGCUACAUGGAGGACGGGCAGAUCAUCGGGGUGUGUGCGGAGGCCAGCAGUCUCCCCACUGCUGUAGCAGCUCAUGUGAGGGAGGAGCAGCUGCCCGAGGUUAGAGUCUACUCUGUAACAGUAGAGUGGACUCAAAGCGACCUGGUCCGGGGCUCCAGGCUUCGCUCCCUGCAGCGAUGGACCCUGAUCGCUGACAGCAACAACCACAAAGGCAUCAGGACCGUGCUGCCGCCGGGACCCUGCACACCCGUGUCCGGAGAGAUAGUGAGUGGAUUCUCUCCCAUCGGAGGCCGGAGGGCUGUUAUCAGAGCAAUAGAGGGCCACCAGCUGUUAGAGAUCUGGGACUCUCACGGCCUCAGAAAAUCCCUGAACCUGACCGUCCUAAACUUACACGGCCGAGUGUACGAUGACGGCCAGUUUGGCUGCCUGUCGUGGUCGGAGUGUGAGAACAAGCUCCUGUACGUGGCGGAGAAGAACAGGGACUCUGCAGAAACACAAGAUGGGCAAUGUGUCUGGAAAAAGGACAGGCACGUGUACCGCGAGGACUGGGGGGAGGGUCUGACCAGCAGGAGCGUCCCCGUCCUCUGUGCGGUGGACCUGAGUAGCGGCGCAGUCACCGUGUUGGAGGGAGUCCCGGCGGACGUCUCACCCGGACAGGCUCUGUGGGCUCCCGGCAGUCAGUCGGUGAUUUUCGUCGGCUGGUACCACGAACCCUUCAGACUCGGACUGAAGUUCUGCUCCAACCGCAGGUCAGCUCUGUUCAAACUGGACAUGGAUGGACACUGUGAAAGCCUGUCGGGGGACGACCUGUCGGUGUCGUGUGCCAGGUUGAGUCCAGACGGAUCCACCCUGAUCUUCCUGCAGGGUCGAGUGUUCGGCCCUCAUCACCAGUGCCUCAGUCUGCAGCAGCUGGACCUGAGGAGUGGGAAGACGUCCACGCUGUUGGACGUUGUGAGCAGACCUCAGCCUGGGGAGUUUGCAGGAGUGUACGAAGCGCUGGCGUCCAGCUGCUGGUCUGCAGACGGUCAGAGAGUGGUGUUGAGCAGCGCCUGCAGGAACUGGAGGGAUCUGUUUAUGGUCGACAGAAGAUCAAAGAAAGUCACCUCCCUCUCUGAUAAUCUGACUGAUCCCACGUGUGUUUACGGCAGCUGGAAGCUGCUGACGGUCCAGGGAGACCUGAUGGUGGUCUGCUGCUCCGGUCCCAGCACGCCUCCCACUCUGAGGGUGGGAUUCCUCCCGAUGUCAGGGGAGGCCGUUUCCUGGCGGACGUUACAGCAUCCCAUCACGACCUUUGACUUCCAGUGGUCGGUUCUAGAUGUCACACCUUCACCAGAAGAGGAAAACGCACACUAUUCCGGUUUAGACUUCAGCGCCAUCUUGGUCAAGCCACCUCGCCCUCUUCGUGAGACCAGAACGCCUCUGGUGGUCUUCAUCCACGGCGGCCCCCACUCCCAGACUCCUGCGGCGUGGAACUGCUCCACCGCUGGCUUGGUGAAAAUGGGAUUCGCUGUGCUCAUGGUGAACUACCGCGGAUCCACUGGAUUUGGCCAGGACAGCAUUUUGUCCCUGAUCGGUCAGAUCGGGAGUCAAGAUGUAAAAGACGUGCAGCGGGCUGUGCUCACCGCGCUCCAGAGGGAUGCAACUCUUGACCGCAACCGCUUGGCCGUGAUCGGUGGUUCUCACGGCGGCUUCCUCGCCUGCCAUCUGCUCGGCCAGUACCCAGACUUCUACAGGGCCUGCGCCAUCAGGAACCCCGUCAUCAAUGCCGCCACGCUGCUGGGAACCAGCGACGUGGUGGACUGGCGUUACACCAGUGUGGGACUUCCGUUCUCCUACGACAACAUACCCACGCCUGAAGCCCUGGCUGCCAUGCUGCAGAGAUCGCCCAUCACACACGCCGCACAGAUCAAGGCUCCGGUGCUGCUGAUGCUCGGCGCCAGAGACAGGCGAGUGUCUCCUCACCAGGGUCUGGAGCUUUACAAAGUGCUGAAGAGUAGAGGGUCACCUGUCAGAUUGUUGUGGUUUCCAGAAGACGGUCACUCCCUGUCCAGGGUGGACACGCUGGCCGACUGCUUCCUCAACACGGUGCUUUGGCUGCAGCAACAUCUCUGACUCCCUGCAGACGCAGCAGCUGGAUGGAAAUGCUUUCUGACCGCUGAACACUGUCCGUUGAUACGUUAGUUUGAGACUUUUCUACACAACACUGCCUUUCUUAUGAUAAAAAGCUCAAUUGAUAAAAGUGAAUCAUCAUUUUGUAAAUUAAAAAAAGAAAAAAUGCAAGCACUUAAUAAAUUCCAACCAGUCAAAGUAGAUGUUUUGUCAAGUUUUCUGAAAUAAGAAAUGCUCCAAAUCAUAUUAAACUGUCCAAUUU